AUGUCAAAUAUUGAAUUCGAAAUAUCUAAUGAUGUAACACUUCCAGAAAGAAAACCUUUUACCAUUGCUGGUCAGCUAAACGGGAGCCCUAGGGAUUUCAGAGUAGGAGCACAGAUUGGAAAAUCAUAUGUUUUGGCAUUUACUUCCCAAUACAAACCAAAGACAUUGAUCAAGAUGUCUGGGGAUGUGAAGGUUAACAGCAGACGCGUGACAGCUGAAAUUGAAGCAAUGAACAACAAUCCUCAGUAUACCGGAGCAUUUGAUGUUAAGUGGGAUGCUGAUAAAGAUGAAUCAAAAAGAAUAAAGUUUGUAGGAGAUUUGACAUACAAAAACUCCAUGGAUGUAAACGCUAGACUAGAACAUGUCAACCCAUUCACUAGUGUCUUAUCGAGUUAUAAUCAUAUAGUUGAUAUAAAUACUCAGGGCCAUUUUGAUAUCUUUGUGGGAGGGAAAGAGGAAAUAGCUUUGGAUCUUAAUCUUAAAAACAAAGAUGAAGGAAGAGCUGGAACCCUUAGAAUGCAGACACCUGUCACUGGAUUAGUACAAAUGAAUUAUGAUUUGAUGUCAACUACCAAACAAUAUCAGAACUCAAUGGAUAUCACAUGGCAGAAAUCAAACAAAAUUGGAGUUUUAGUAAAUUUGGACAAACCAUUCAAUGCCAAUAAAUUUCAUGGAAUAGUUACAGUUAAAACACCAUUCAAGGGUUUCCAAAUGUCCUCAGUAGAAGUGGACCAUGAAUACAGCGGAAAGGUAAAAAGUAUGCUGAAAACUGAACUCAACAACGAGAAAGUAAAAGUUGAUAUUAACUACAGUAACGAUGACCAGGAUGUAAACGGUGUAAUUAGUGUAAAAUCGUCAUUAUCCAGUUUGAAAACAGCUUCUGUAAACUUCCACCAUAAAACUACAGACAACAAAUACCAGAACGCUUUAGCAAUGGAGCACAAUGGCAAAGUAUACCAGUAUGAAGGUCAAAUGAAUCACAGAUUUACAAAAGGAGGACUGAAGAAUAAAGGAAAAAUUGUCUUUAAUCUACCAAACAACAAAUAUGAUGCAAAUUGGGAUCACAGCAUUACCAGCAAUGAACUCAUUUCUAAAAUGCAGUCAAAUAUUAAUGGUAAAUCUUAUGAAUUGGACGUAAAUGGAAGACAAGCCAUAACAUUUAGUGAAGGGGGAGUAUCAUUUAACCUGAAGAUUAAAUCUCCACUUAUGGACGAUAUCCUUCUGCGUGUUGAUCAUCAACACAGACCAUCAUUGAUAGACAGUUCAGCAACCUUAUCUAUUAAUAGUAACGUUAUGAUGUCUGGUCAUUUAGACUACAAGAGAGAAGCUGGCAAGGUGAUGUCAAAACAGUCUUUCAAAAUGUCUGAUAUCACUUUUGAAACUUCAAUUAUAUCUGAAUAUGCCCGUUUUCCAAUGUCAGGACAAAUUAAUAUGAAGUUGAAUGAUAAUGAAAUCGAUGCAAGUGGAACCUUUGAUCGUCAGCAGAACAGCCAAAACGGUAAACUUAAAUUUAGGUCACCAUUUACCAAACCUAUUGUAUUAAGUAUUGAUCGAGCAAUUGAUGGGGAACAGAUCAUUUCAUCAUCUAUUGAGUAUGGAAAAACUGAAAUUAUGGCCAUGGAAAACAGAUUCAGAUGGGACAACACAAAAAUUGUCAAGAUAUCAGUUGUAACACCAAUAAAGUCAGUCAGGAAAUUUGAAACAUUACUCAAGUUUGAUGGAGGUAUAACUGCUUUCAAAACAGUCGCAAGUUUAGAAAUUGAACCUACUUUUAGACCAAUCCAGAUGACAUCAGAAUGGAACUCUGUCAAUGGGCUCAAUGGAAAAAUUCGUUUGGAAACUCCAUUCCAACAAAUACCAUACAGUCAAAUAAGUUUGGUUUCUAAACCCACUUCUAGAAUGACAUCAUCAGAUCUAGUUAUUGAAUAUCUCCCAAGACGAGAAAUAAUCAUGAAAUCAAGCUACAUGGUGCAGAAAGAUCACGUUGAAGGCAGUUUAGACAUAAAAACUCCCUUCCAUGACAUGCAAACAAUGUCAGCAUCAGUUAAACAUGUAACUCGAAAUAACGCCCUAAAUUCUGAGAUGACCUACACCUGUCCUAAAGGCACAAAAUACGUCGCUGACAUCAACUAUAAAUCUGGUAUCAAGAAAGAGGGGUCAGUCAGUCUGAAAAUGGAUAAGAAAAGAAUAAGCGUUAAUGGUAUGGUCGACAUGAUGUCUGGAUACCCAGCUGGUUUCUUGAAGACAUCAACACCCUUUACAAAGGACAUUAUUGUUGAUAUUAAGCAGACGAAUCAAGCUGAAGUAAUUGUGACGUCGGGCUCGGUGAGAUACGAUAACGGAAAAGAAAUAUCAUUGGAAAACCGAUUCCGUUGGAAUGAUGCCUUUGUGUUCACAACAGCUCUUGCUACACCAUACGAAUCCAUGAAAACAAUUAACUCUGUAAUAGAGGCUAAAGGAGACUUACGAUCUUUCUCUCUUUUAAGCAGCAUUGAAGCAGAACCAAUCACAAAGAAGUUCUUAAUAUCCAGUGCCGUAAAUACAAAUGGUGGAUUCGAUGGUAACUUCCGCAUUGAAACCCCAUUCGAGGCCAUUCCAUUUAGUCAGAUAACCGUCUCUAGUCAAAGAAGUAGCGGAUCCACAAGAACAGUUGCUAAUAUAGAAUACCUUCCAGCUAAAUAUAUCAGUGUCAAAUCAAGUCACACAAUGGAUUUGGAUAACAUUGAUGCAACUUUUGAAAUUCAGACUCCAUUCGCCAAAUUUCAACAUGCAUCUGCUUCAAUAAAACACACAAAUGACGACAAAGGCAUUUCAUCUUCUGUAGGAAUCGAAUAUCCUAAAGGCAAUAUAUAUUCUAUAGACACUUCCGUUAAAAACGCCGAAAGGAAAGACGCUUCCAUCACCGUCAAAAGUCCAUACAGCAAACCAGUAAGUCUGUCAGUCUAUCAUCAAGGAAAAUAUCCGUCAAUGGAGACACACGGUGAACUACAGUACCAGGGCAACCAGAAACACAUAUUGGACAUAACAUUUAAUAAUAAAGCUAACUUUAAGUCAUCUGUGUCAUACAAGUGUCCAUCUAUGGACAAAAUAUCUUUGGAGAUAAACCAUAAAGGAAGCAUGAAACAAUUCAAUUCUCUCGUCAAAGCACAAUACAAGAAGGGCGAGCCACAUCAAAUCGAAAUAAUCUUUAAAAAUCUGGCUAAAAUGCAAGGAUCUUUGACAGUCAAAUCAGCGUUCAUGGAUGACUUUAAAGCAUCUUUCCAUCAUAUCGGGUCCUUGAGGAAUCUUAAAUCUCAUGUUCAAUAUGCUUACGGUAAAAUGACUCCAGCCUCUGCUGAUGUAGCACUUAUUUCUGGAAAACGUAUCAAGGGAUCCGUGAAAUUGUCUGCACCAAUGUUUGAGGAUAUUACUAUGACUCUUAUUCACAAGGGAAAUCUGAAAAGCUUCAGAAACAAGAUGAACCUAAUCUACAGCAAGAAACAGAAAAUCAGUACCGAUUUUAAUUUCCGUCUGGCUAAAGUAAUGAAAGCUACAUUUAUGUUUGUUUCUCCUUUUAAAGGAUAUAAGAAAGUCAUUGCCAACGUGAAACACGAAGGAACAUGGAAGAGCUUCAAGUGUGAUGCCAAUAUUAAAAAAGGAAAAGACGUUGUUAAAGCCAACAUGAAAACAUCAAUAGGGUCUAAAUUCAAUUGGGAAGCAAGUGUAGAAACUCCAGUUGCCGGUUGGAAGAAAAUGAAUGCUGCUGUAUCGCACGAAGGAUCACUUUCUAAUUUUAAAUGCCAUGCCGAGAUAGGUCGAGGUAAACAAGACAUGGUCGCUGCAGACAUACGAUUUGCAAUUAAUCCAUCCAUUGAUAUUCUGUUGGCUGCACAGACACCUUUUGUUGGCUACAGCAAUGUCAAGGCAUCUUUGUCACAUCAAAAAUCAGACAGCAAGAUAAAAUCUCAUGCUGAAAUAACAUACUUCAAGAAAGAUACAAUAUCUGCAGAUAUCUUGAUAAACAAACCAACAAGAAGUGCUGAUAUUUCCAUAAAGACUCCAUUCAAGAAAUAUGAAAAGAUGGCAGGUUCCUUCUCACACACUGGUUCAUUAUCAGAAUUCAGUACAAAGAUGGAUUUGGCAGCAAACAAAGAUAAAUACUCAGCUCAGAUCAAUUUCAAGACUGUAGGUCAACUGUCAGCAGAGAUGAAAAUAUCAACACCCAUCGUCGGCUAUCAAGAAACCGAUCUUUCCUUUACUCAUAGUGGAAGCUUAAACAAUUUCCGUUCACGAGCAAAUAUUCUUUUUCACAAGAAGAAGAGUGUCGCUGAUGUCUCAUUUAACACUCAGUGGUGUAGAAGGACAAUUGACAUUGCAGACACCCUAUACAGAAACUGUAAAAGCUACAAUUAUGCAUAG